AUGCAUAUCCACAUUAAAGACAAGUGGCGGCUGGCCAGACUCAUCGUGGAGGCUCUUGCGGGUUGUGUGCCUCGACUGCUGCGGCCGAGACGGCUGAGGUUGCUCCUGAUACCGGUACUGCCGUCCCACUCAAAAUUAUCAUUUGGCAAAUUACUACUGUCGCGGCUUCUUCAAAGGAGGAGGUGGUGCAAUUAUUACCAAAAACAAUUUCUCUUUCACCCUUUACCAAGUUGGCAAACCCACAGAUUGUCGACGAUGAGUGCCCGCGAUGUUACUGUUGAUAUUUCUGAGCAUUCUCUGAACUUAUUAUUGGUUCAUAUCAUUCUUUUGUUACAGAUUGUCGACGAUGAGUGCCCGCGAUGUUACUGUUUGAUAUUUCUGAGCAGUCUCUGGACUUGGACUGACUCUUCAGGGUUUAUAUCUGGUGGUGUUCCAGGAGCCAAAAGAAGUUCCAGUUCAGUACUCUUGAGGACUACUCGCAGUGCAGCCUGGACUGAGGAGUCGUCGUCGACAGCGAUGCCGUUCUUCGCGGCCCCGGAGAGCUCGGUGAACGUGACCGGGCAGCUGGGCGCUGCCGUGGACCUCCAUUGCAGGGUCAACCGGCUCCCUGGGGAAACCUCGGUAUCGUGGCUGCGGAGACAAGAAGGUCAGUUACGCCUGCUAGCAGUGGGAUUGGAACUAUACUCCAGCGACUCCAGGUAUGCAGUGCGAUUGCUGGAGCCCGGCGAUUGGCAACUCAGAGUACGAUCUCUGCUGGAGAGUGACCAAGGACACUACGAGUGUCAGGUGCCCUCGCAUCCUCCUCGGGUCCAUUCCGUCUAUUUGCACGUCGUGGUUCCAGAGUUGGAAAUAACGGACGAAAGAGAUGUUCCUAUCAAGGACAAGUUCUACAAUUCUGGGAGUACCAUACAGCUCAAGUGUCGGCUGACGAGGGUUCCCAGGCCUUCCCACUUCCUGCUAUGGAGACACGGGUCUGACAUACUGAACCAUGACCUCCUCAGGGGAGGCAUCAGUGUAAGGACAGACCUGACGGAAGAUGGCGCUUGGAGCAGGCUGUUGGUCGCACACGCUACUCCUCAGGACUCGGGGAACUAUUCCUGCUCUCUCUCAGACGUGGCUGGAGCCUCCGUCACCGUCCAUGUGCUCAAUGGGGAGACUCCUGCGGCUAUGCAGCAUGGCGGCUCACCGCAGCAUUUGACAGUCUACUGGACCCUCCUGCUGACUCUCUCGUUGUUCGUCUACAGAUGACCUCUCUAGUAACUGUUUUUAAGUUUCGGACUCCCGUCUUUCAAUGGAUCACGUCUAAUGUGUUGUAUUUAAACGAAUUACAUAUUUAUAGGUCGUUAGUUUACUAGAGUAAACUUUUGUAUAAAAUGUGAUUUGUAGGUACUGUCAUAGUAUGAGAAUAAAUAUUUUGUGAAUUA